UUAUAACCUUCCAAUCUGUAUUUUAUAAAUUACCUUGUCUCCGAAUGGAGAAAAAUCAAAAUUUCCCUUCUCAUAAUCCCUUUCUCGAAAAUACACGCCCGUAUGCCCACACCCCCUCCCUCUCUCUCUACAAUUUCUCUUUCUAGAAACCAUUUUUUCUUCCUUCCAUUCUCUCCAGGCAUGCAUCAUCGGACAACAACGCUGGUGUAAUUAAUCCAAAUCUAAAUUAUCGAUUCGCCGAUUUUACCUGCCUCGUUCGAUUGCGCUUCAAAUUCACAAUUCCCAAAUCAAAUCAAAAUUUGUGCACAAAGCCGGACCCAAACGCUAUCGUUUUUGAAACCCAUCUUUUCCCGCCGCCGCCGGGCUUCAGAGUGGGUCGCUCGUUAUUAACCAGUCCUCCGGUGGUUUGGGAGCUUAAACCUGCCCUUCUCACUCGAUUUACGGAAAUACCCUUGACCGAAUUUAGCGAUUUUUUCCCCUCGCUUUCAUUUUCUGUAAGCCAAGGAUCUGUGCUAACAGCUGAGGCAUUUUGGAGGGAUCUCUAAGAAAUUUCUCGGACUAACCAGGAGAGCAGAUUGUACUGAACGAAAGAGGCCACUCGUAGCAGCUGAUCAUGAAUAACAGCCAACUUAAGAAUAAUGUUAACGCAAUCGAUGACGAAAUGCCAGAACAUAGUCACAGUAAUGAAGAUGAUAAUAAAGGCAAUAUAAGGUUAAGGGUUACUCAACCUCCUUCACGGGGGAACUGGGGUUCAACAUUUUGGACCGAUAGUCAGCCUGCAAUGGCGUCACAUGGGCCUUCAGAGUUGGGGGAGGACUCAAAGAGUGGGUCGGAAUAUGAAGGAUCCGAAGCUGAAGAGGAUUCUGAUGGAGCAGAGGAUAGGAUAGAAUCCGAAAAUGAUGACACAAGCCAAAAAAUGGUCGGGAGGGGACGUCGAAUUGUUCAGGCUGAGGAUAUGUUAUCUGAUGAGUAUUACGAGCAGGAUGGUGAUGAUCAGAAUGAGUCUUUGAAUCAUUUCAGGGCAACAAACCAACCGAGUAGUUGUAGUUUGAUGCAGUCAACUCAGCGUGCUGCUCCAAGUAGUGUCUCAAGGAAAUCAAGGGGUUUGAAAGCCAACAGAUACCAUGAUGAAGAUGCCGAUUUUGAAGAAGAUGAUGACGAAGAAGAUGAAGAUGAUCCGGAUGAUGCUGACUUUGAUCCUGAUUGUGGGGCGGGAAGCGGGAGCAAGGGAAUCAAGGAUAGAGAUGAAGAUUGGGAUGCUGAAGGAUCUGACGAGGAGGAUAAUGUUGAUGAUGAUGAUUUGGAUGUGUCAGAUGAUGACGAUGUCUACUUUAAGAAGAGCAGGGUAAAGCAAUCAGGUAGGACUGGUCGUAAUUUAAAGCCUAAUAAGGAACGCAAAUCAAUUGCAUCUUCCACUCGGCGAAAGAAUGGUAGAGCUUUUUUUGAGGAAGAUGAAGAAGAAUCUUCUGCUGAGUCAGAAAAUGGUAGUGAUGAGGAAUUUAGAAGUACAAGGAGAGGUGGACCGGUCCGCAAGAAGAAUGGUGGUCGAUCUGCUUCUAUGAACGUUUCUAGCUGGAACAAUGAACUCCGAACUUCAGGUCGUUCAGUGCGGAAGGUAUCAUAUGUUGAGAGUGAUGAAAGUGAAGAUAUUGAUGAAGGCAAAAAGAACCAAAAGGAGGAGAUUGAAGAGGAAGAUGGGGAUGCGAUUGAGAAAGUAUUGUGGCAUCAACCCAAGGGCACUGCUGACGAAGCUAUAAAGGAAAAUAAAUCAACUGAGCCUGUGCUGUUGAGCUAUUUGUUUGACUCGGAACCAAAUUGGAGCGAUAUGGAGUUUUUAAUAAAAUGGAAAGGCCAAUCACACUUACAUUGUCAGUGGAAACCAUUAUCUGAAUUGCAAAAUCUCAGUGGUUUUAAGAAGGUGUUGAAUUAUACCAAAAAAGUGGCGGAAGAUGUAAAGUAUCGGAAGAUGGUUACACGGGAAGAGAUUGAGGUCAAUGAUGUCAGUAAGGAAAUGGACCUGGAUAUCAUCAAACAAAACAGCCAGGUGGAGAGAGUGAUAGCUGAGAGACUCGUAAAUGAUAGUAUGGGUGAUGUUGUGCCAGUAUAUUUGGUCAAGUGGAAAGGAUUGUCUUAUGCUGAAGCCACUUGGGAGAAGGACACGGAUAUUUCGUUUGCUCAAGAUGCUAUUGAUGAGUUCAAGGCACGGGAAGUUGCAGCAAUGGUUCAGGGAAAGACUGUCGAUUUCCAGCGGAAGAGAAGCAAAGGAAGUCUCAGGAAGCUUGACGAACAGCCUGAAUGGUUGAAAGGGGGUAAUCUUCGAGAUUAUCAGCUGGAAGGAUUAAACUUUCUAGUUAACAGCUGGAGAAAUGAUACCAAUGUAAUUUUAGCUGAUGAAAUGGGUCUUGGUAAAACUGUGCAGUCAGUUUCAAUGCUUGGUUUCUUGCAGAAUGCUCAGCAAAUUCAAGGACCAUUUCUUGUUGUUGUUCCUCUAUCUACCUUGUCGAAUUGGGCAAAAGAAUUCAGAAAGUGGUUGCCUGAUAUGAACGUCGUUAUAUAUGUUGGAACUCGUGCUAGCCGUGAGGUCUGCCAGCAGUACGAGUUUUAUAAUGACAAGAAGGCUGGCCGGAGUACAAAAUUUGACGCUCUUCUGACUACGUAUGAGGUACUACUGAAGGACAAGGCUGUCCUCUCAAAGAUUAAAUGGAAUUAUCUUAUGGUUGAUGAAGCACAUAGGUUAAAGAACAGUGAGGCGUCAUUGUAUACAACGUUACUGGAAUUUGGCACGAAGAACAAGUUGCUAAUUACUGGCACUCCCCUCCAGAACAGUGUUGAAGAGCUAUGGGCUUUGCUUCAUUUUCUUGAUUCCGAGAAGUUUAGAAAUAAGGAUGAUUUUGUCCAGAGGUACAAGAAUCUUAGUUCGUUCAAUGAGAUCGAGCUUACAAAUCUUCACAUGGAGUUAAGACCUCACAUUCUCAGAAGAGUCAUAAAAGAUGUAGAGAAAUCUUUGCCUCCUAAAAUUGAGCGCAUCCUAAGGGUUGAAAUGUCACCACUCCAGAAACAGUAUUAUAAGUGGAUUUUGGAACGCAACUUCCAUGAUUUGAAUAAAGGAGUCCGUGGCAAUCAGGUUUCUCUCUUAAAUAUAGUGGUGGAGUUGAAGAAAUGUUGCAAUCAUCCAUUUUUGUUUGAAAGCGCAGACCAUGGCUAUGGUGGGGAUACAAAUUUCCUUGGUAGCACUAAAUUGGAGCGAAUUAUUUUAAGCAGCGGGAAGUUGGUCAUAAUAGAUAAGCUUCUGGACAGACUGUAUGAGACAAAGCACCGUGUGUUGAUAUUUUCUCAGAUGGUUAGAAUGUUAGAUUUGCUGGCAGAAUAUCUGUCUCUGAAAGGGUUCCAAUUUCAGAGACUUGAUGGUAGCACUAAAGCCGAGUUACGCCAGCAGGCUAUGGAUCACUUUAAUGCCCCUGGUAGUGAGGAUUUCUGUUUUCUUCUUUCCACUCGUGCUGGUGGCUUGGGUAUUAAUCUUGCAACUGCAGACACCGUUAUUAUAUUUGAUUCGGAUUGGAAUCCACAAAAUGAUUUACAGGCAAUGAGCCGAGCUCACAGAAUUGGCCAGCAAGAAGUAGUUAAUAUUUAUCGAUUUGUCACUAGCAAGAGCGUUGAGGAAGAUAUCUUGGAGCGGGCUAAGAAGAAAAUGGUUCUGGACCAUUUAGUUAUUCAAAAAUUGAAUGCUGAGGGCAGAUUGGAGAAAAAGGAAUCUAAGAAAGGAAGUUCUUUUGAUAAAAAUGAACUUUCAGCAAUUUUGAGAUUUGGGGCAGAAGAACUCUUCAAGGAAGAGAAAAAUGACGAGGAGAGCAAGAAAAGGCUCCUCAGUAUGGAUAUUGAUGAGAUUCUUGAAAGAGCAGAAAAGGUUGAAGACAAAGUAACUGAAGGAGAGAAUGGUCAUGAAUUGUUGAGUGCUUUUAAGGUGGCCAAUUUCUGCAGUGCUGAAGACGAUGGAACUUUUUGGAGCCGGAUGAUUAAGCCUGAAGCUGUUGCACAAGCAGAGGAUGCUUUGGCCCCCCGGGCUGCGAGAAACAUAAAAAGUUACGCAGAGGCCUUACCACCCGAGAAGAUUAAUAAAAGGAAGAAAAAAGGCGCUGAACCUCAGGAUAGACUUUCAAAGAGAAGGAGAGCAGAUACUGGGUACUCUGUUCCUGUGAUUGAGGGUGCUACUGCUCAAGUCAGAGGAUGGUCUUACGGGAACUUACCAAAAAGAGAUGCAACUCGGUUUUUUCGUGCGGUCAAGAAGUUUGGAAAUGAUAGCCAGAUAAGCUUGAUAGCUGCUGAAGUUGGUGGAGUUGUUGAAGCUGCUCCAACUGAAGCACAAAUCGAGCUCUAUGACGCUUUAAUAGAUGGUUGUAAAGAAGCAGUUAAAGGGGAUACAAUGGAUCCAAAGGGUCCACUGUUGGAUUUCUUUGGUGUGCCUGUAAAGGCUGAUGACCUGUUAAGUCGUGUUGAAGAACUUCAGCUCCUUGGCAAACGGAUUAUUCGAUAUGAAGAUCCCAUCUCUCAAUUCAGAGCACUUGCUUAUAUCAAGCCAUCAACAUGGUCUAAAGGUUGUGGUUGGAACCAAAAGGAUGAUGCAAGGUUGCUGCUUGGAAUUCACUAUCAUGGAUUUGGAAAUUGGGAAAAGAUAAGGUUAGAUGAAAAACUUGGUCUUACUAAGAAGAUUGCUCCUGUGGAACUUCAGCAUCAUGAAACUUUCUUACCGCGGGCCCCCCAACUGAAAGAACGAGCUUCACAGCUUUUGGAAACGGAAGUUGUUGCUGUUGGGGCGAAGAAUCCAACUGUGAAAGCGGGCCGCAAGAAUGCAAAGAGACAGAAAGAAACAGCACCAUUACGUGGAAAAGGUAGACAGGGAAAACCUGGUUCUCCUGGUGCAAAUGUUCAGACAAAUAAAAGAAGAGCUCCAAAAUCACAGAAGGCCGAGCCUUUAGUGAAAGAGGAAGGUGAAAUGUCUGAUAAUGAAGAAGUUUACGAGCAGUUCAAGGAGGUUAAGUGGAUGGAGUGGUGUGAAGAUGUCAUGAUGGAUGAGGAAAAGACUCUAAAGCGUCUUCAGAAGCUGCAGUCCACUAGUGCCGACCUGCCGAAGGAGAAGGUGCUUUCCAAGAUUCGGAAUUACUUGCAGCUUAUUGGUCGCAGGGUUGACCAGGUUGUUUCAGAGUAUCAGCAGGACUCUUAUAGGCAAGAAAGGAUGACAACAAGAUUAUGGAAUUAUGUAUCCACCUUUUCAAAUUUGUCCGGAGAGAGGCUCCAACAAAUUUAUUCUAAACUCAAACAGGAACAACCGGCAUCCAGCAUGGGGCCCUCCCACAUUAAUGGUUCGGUACCACCUUUUAUGCACAGGGAUCUUGACGUGGAGAAAUUCGAAGCUUGGAAAAGGAGAAAAAGAGCCGAGUCUGAUACCUCUCAUCAUCAGCAUUCUUACCAAAGACCUUCCAACAAUGGUCCAUGGAUACCUGAGCCAAGCUCCACUGGGAUUCUUGGCCCUCCACCGCCUGACGGCAGACAAUUCAAUAACGGGAGACCUUACAGAUCACAACAACAGGCUAACUUUCCUCCGAGGUCCGGUUUCUAAUCUGGUAUCAACUAGAGAUUCGGAUAUUUCAUCUUAUGUGGGACGUGUAUGGCUGCUCGGGAUUGUUUUUUAUCCUUCUCAAGGUCUGGCAAAGUGGAAAAUAGUAAUUUUGCUGUUAUAGCAGUCAGAUGUAUAGCUGGUUAAAAAGGCGCUUAAAUUGCCGGAAGAAGCAGGUGGAAGAAAUAUGAGAUUAACCAGAGGUUGGGAAGAUGACGUAAAAGGGAAGUAAUGCCUGGGAAUCCUGGAACAAUAAUUCUUUUUGGCUUUUUUUUGUUUCCUCAAAUUAUUUCAAGUUUCGACUUUCUUAUGAGUAAAUAGAGGGUAGUUUGGGACGAUGGAACGGUUGUUUGUGAAGAAGCAUAAUGAAAAGAAGACACUUUUUGUAUAAUGAACUAUCAUAUCAAAGUGUAAAUCACAAUUUUGCUCGGAUAGACCGAUAGACUACUGAAUGCAAUUCGCAGUUCUGCGUCUAUUUAGCUUUGGUUUCUUGUGGGUGAUACCUAAAUAAUUGUUAUUAUUAUUCUUAUUAUUAUUUUUUGGUAAAACAUAGUAUGGCCAUCCCAUCGUGCAUUUAUUCGUAGUGUGGAUGCUCUGUUGCAAUGUACUGUUCGUGCUUGAUUCUGACAUUGCUGCUUGUUGCUGACUCUAGAAUUCAAUUAUGUUCAAUUAUUUGGACAAUUUAGUUGCGAAGCAUGAAAUGAUAAGCUGGCCGAUUUUCCUUUGAUGACUGGGCUGGAAAGACAGACGCGAUUGUGGUUUGGGUGUUUUGAACUGAUUCAGCUUUCAAGAAUGUGUUGCAGAACAUAGUAUAAUCAAGUGAACAGUUGAAGAGCUGGAAAGUGAAGCUGCAUAUUUUGGCACGCUGAUGGAUUGCGCCUGGUGCUUUAAUUACAGGGCUGACCUUUUCUUCUCUUUCUCUGUGUGUGUGACAAUAUGAGAUGUAUAAUGUAUUUAAUGUUUCCCAUUGUGAAGCUUGAUUAUGACAACAUUGUGAUUUCGUAUCCUCUGUGUAUUUAAAACGUGGUAAUAUUUCCUGCUGCGUAAUAUAUUUUCUUUUUCCAUAACUCCUCCAUCUUCUAAUUUAUUGCUUAACAUUCUAUUCCUCGUUUUUGGAGGGUAUUAUGGACAACACUUGGCAUUGGGUGGUGCGGAUAGUAGGCUACAGUCUACACAACAAGAUGAUUGGCG